ACCGUUCACCACCAGAUAUGACCUUACAUUUAUGGAACGAUAAACGAUGGUGGUUGAGGCGUAUUUGGGCAGAACCGAAGACGACGAAAUCCCUCCCAGUUUCAGUUGAACGUCAUGAGAGAGAGGACUAAGAUGAACGUCAUGAGAGAGAGGACUAAGAUGAACGUCAUGAGAUCAGGAUUGGUUGUCUUCGGAGCACUUGCAUUUGGUUACUUGACUCUACGUAUCGGCUUCAAACCCUUCUUAGAGAAUGCUCAACGAACUAUGGAUUUGGAAUCGGAAUCUCAAUUAGAAUUACAGCGCUCUAAAUCUCAAUCAAAUCAACAAUCUCAUUUUCCAGAUUCAUCUUCUACUGUUCGCGAUUAAAUUUGAGUUUCUUUCCUUUUCAGGUACUUUUUCCAUUUGAAUUUGAUUGUUGCGUUCCUGUUUUGUUGAAUUGAUUUUUUUUUGUCUAAAAGCCCUAAUUCCUGAAUAGUCUUGUAAUUUUCGGAUUGUUUUAAAAAAAUUUGUUGUUUCUGAAUAAGAGAUUUUGGUGAUACUAAAGUAUAAAAACCAGUCUGAAUUAUUGAUCC